UUGGGUAAAUAUAAUUUUGUCAAAAAAAGAUUGGGUCAGAAAAGCGGUUUCGGGAGCUGUAACCUGAAUUAUAAAUCUAAAAGAACGAGGAGAGAUGGCCUGAGGUUUUCUGAAAGAGAAAGAAAAUAAAGUGUAACAAAAGCCUUUUGUACUACCAAUCCCAUACAAGAUCACAGUUGAUACUGACCAAGCUCCGAUUGUAUAUUCUAUAUUAGAAUAUAUACUUUCAUUUCACAAUGGCUACUCGUCACAAUCCAGUUGACCCUAACCAGCUACUCAAGGCUCUCUCGUCACUUCUAAAUAAAGAUGGAGGCAUCAAGGGAGUCACGGAGGUCACCAAAAUACUAAUAUUAAUGAAGAGUGCAAAAAAGAUGGUUAGUCGGUGUAUCUACAUGCAUAUACUUAUUGCCACGAAAGAGAGUGAAGUGCAAGAAAAGUUUAUAUCAGCGGGUGGGUGGGAGCUUCUAAACAUCUGGCUUCAGGAUGCAAAGAUGCAGGAAUAUAACCCAAUCAUCAUGAAACUCAUUGAAGUCUUCAAAGAACUUCCUGUUACCAUCGAUAUCCUCAAGAAAAAUAAUACUGCCAAAAUUAUCAAGUCAUUUAGCAAAGCUGAAGGCGAAGAUGAGCUCAAAGCAAUGGCAGAUGACCUAGUCACAACAUGGAAAGGAGUUAUCAGGACUUCAAAUACUACUGACAGUGCCAAGGAGAAGUCACCUAGUGUGAAGAAGAAGCUAAAACCAAAGAAAGUGGAGAAAUCCCUCAGCAACGACCGAGAUGCGGACGACGAGAGCGAGGAACCUGUCGCCAAGAAGUCGCGGCUUGGCUCCGGGGACGGCGAGCCCAUGGACACCAGCGAUACGAGUAAGCCAUCCAGGGUGAGGCAUCCGAGCGAUUCAAGAAUGACGAGAGCCGGAGCGUCGAAGACUGCUUCCAGGAAGAACUCCAGUGAGGAGCCCGUUAAGAAGGAGGAGGGGAAGAAAGAGGAUGGGGUGAAGAAGAAGAGGGCAGCCAUCAUGAGACCGGCACAUACCAAAAUGCGAUCGACAGGAUUAGAGAAGCAAUCUGACCUACCUCUACCGAAGUUCAAGAAGAAGACACCUGCUCCUGUCCCCCCUCCCAAGGUGGAGAAACCUAUUCCAACCAUAACAAUAAAAAAGGAUGGCCCGAUCUUCAGCAAAUCACUGUCUCCCACUGAGAAGAGGACGAGACCAGAUGAACUCCCAAAACCAUCAUGUCAGGGUCAUGGUCAUGGCAAGAUUAAGAUCAUUCCUGCUAAACACAAAUUACAAGAGAGUUCUGGCUUCCUAGAUGCCCUAAACAAUGCUCCAAGUCUGGUGGUCAAGAAGAAGAUCCCCAAGAAAGUCGCAAGAACCAACUCCACAGGCUCCACCAAGGCCAAGAGCCCUACACCUCCAGAGGAGAUUAAAGUGGAACCACCGAAAUUUUCUUUCUACUCGUCCAACCAACCGGCUGAAGAUGAGAAGAAGGCGGAAGAUGAAGCGGAGAAGAAGACGGAGACAGUUACCAAGGACACCACCAAAGAGGAAGGUGACAUUGGAGAUGAUUGGAACGAGGAGAGACCUAUCACCAUCGGAAAGAGCAAUCUCAAGUUUGGUCCAUCGAAGAGCAAGAAGAAAGUGAGAUGGAAGGAGGAGACUGAUUUAGUUGAUGUUUAUUAUUUUGAGCUUGAUGAGACAGAGAGAGUCAAUGUUAACAGGAUCAAAGACUUCCAAGAUGCUAUGCAGAUAGAGAAGAUGAUGGAGAAACAGGCCAUUAAGAAUGCCAUUAAGAUGGGCGGUCAGGCUCCGACGGAUGAGGAGGAAAAACAAAAUGGCAACACAACUUUGGAAUACUUCCCCUGGAGACGUCCAGCUAAGAUGGAUAUUCCCGGCACAGUGGUGUCCUAUGGUACGAAUAGUCAGGAGAAGACUGUCCAGGCCAAGAGAGAACAGACGGUCCUUAGAGAGAUCUUCUUUGAUCAGAUGAAUCUACCAUUGACUCCCAAGGAACCAGACCCUGAAGCCAAGAGAGGUUUUGAAGAAACCCGCAUCAUACCUCUUGAAGAUGAGGCAAGUGGGGAUGUUCCUGCUCAAGAACCCAUCUUCCCCCAAGAACCGUUCAUGCCCCAUGGUCCCGGCGCUCCCAGUGGGAUGGGGCACGGCAUUGGGGGACCUGGGCUACUAGGGCCCUCACCAGGGGCACCACACCAUAUGCCACUCCAAGGCGGGCACCCAGGGGGUUCCCCGCGAGGUCCCAUGCAACAGCAGCAAAGACCACCAGGCCAAGGGAACACCCCGCCCUCGCCAAACACCACUAUCAAGAAUGUCCAGAAUCUAUUGGCAACCUUAUCAGAGGGUGGACCUGACAGCGCCGGAAGUGAUCUCCUGAAGAAAGAAAACCUUGACAAACUGAAAGAAAUGCUGGAACCUUUCAAAAACCAGAAUCCAGGUGAUAACCAACAGCAAGAUGGAGGUAAUGCACCCCCAUUCCACCCUGGACAAGGUCCAGGACAUGGUCCAGGUGGACCAGGUAACUUUGGUCCAGGUGGACCAGGAGACUUUGGACCUCAUAACGACCACGGAGGACCAUUUCCUCCUAUGGGUCCCGGUCCAGGCCCAAUGGGUGGAGGACCACCUUUUGAUGGGCCUGGAAUGGGACCUGGUGGGCAGUUCCGUCCCCGUUUUGGACCUGGGCCUGGCCCUAAUUUCCCAGGGCCUCGAGGGAGGGGCAUGAGACCCCGUGGUAGGGGUGGCUUCCCUGAUCGAGGGCGCGGUGGACCCCCUGAUAGAGGGAUGGGCCCUAGGGGGCCAUGGAGAGGAGGAAGGGGUGGCAAUAAAAGUUCUGGUGGUCGGCAAGUGUGUUAUCACUUUCAGUCUGAAAGGGGUUGUAUGAGGGGAAACGAUUGCUUCUUUCUACAUCCUGGUAGCAACAAACCACCGUCAUGACGACGCUACUCCUGAAACCCCACCUCAACGUCUUGAUCCGUCCAUCACGAAAUUGAUAGGGGGAGGGGUAAAGGGCAUGCAACCAGAGGAUGACCGAAAGAGAGAUCUCAGAUCAUGCUAUGAAGGAGCUUUAGAGACAAGAGUUGGAAACAUCCAGAGAUUUUGAUCAUGGCCUUAAGAUAAAAAAAAAAACAUUGUUAACAGUUGCUGCCAUUUCCGAGAACUGUUUUAACGUGAAUGGAGGAAAUGGAGAAAGAAAUGUGACUUGCCAGUAGAACGACUCCAUUGCCAGUCAAUUCUUUAUGCUCUAGGGAAUAGAACGGAUUCGUUGUACCCUGAUUGCAGAUAAUCUCCAUUGUUAGGAGAAUCAUUGCUAAUAUGUAUGUUCUUGUUUCCACCUCACCGAGAAAGUGCUCUCUUCAUACAAAAUCUUCAUCCUUGGAAACUGUCUUCGAAGAUGGAAGAAGUCUACGUUCGAUUUGAUUCUUGGCCACGUACAGUUAUCAUGGAAAAUGUAUUCAGCAAGCAAACAAUAGGAGCUUCUCAAGUAUUGUCUUCACACUUACCUGGCGAAUUAUGUCUUCAGAGACCUUGGAAACUUCUUCAAUAAAUUGAAAAGAACUUUUGUUUUUAAUGUGUUAUACAACUCUUAUUCCAUUGGAUUUUUAAGACCAAAAUAAAACCUAUGGCUGUCUUGAAGAAAACUCCAUGAAAUUUGAUAUUUUCCAAAAUCAAAUCAGCUUCCAUACAAGAAAAAAAAAACAGUCAUGGACAGAGUAAGUGAUAAGAGUCGACACCAGAGGAUUGAGUCACACGAAGGAAAAGCUUCCGUGAACUGUGUACAUUUGACUCUGAUGACUGUGAUAUGAUAGACCAGUGUUUAAUCCAUUUCUGAAUAAGUAACAAGUUAUAUAAGAUGCAUCCAGUGUGAUAUAGUUCUUCUCCUAGACCUAGUUCCAACCGUUGUACUUGAUAGAAGUGAAUGGGGAUAAUUCAAAAAGAUGCGAGUAUACCUGUAUACGAACAGGUCUUGUCUGCAUAGAAAUGAAAGAUUAAAGAAGGGAUAUUACCCAAUAUCAUGCUGGAUAUAAUUAUCAAAAAUUAUUGAUUUUUAAAAGAAUUAUUGUAUUCCAAGUGCACAGAUAUUAUUAGCCCAAAUUUAGCUCCAGCUCCAGCCAAUUCUCUUUCAGAAAAAGAAAUACUCAAUGAUAUAUAUACGUCUAUUCCCAUAAAAGAUCCACUACCUGUUUCCCUAUCUCUGCACACGCAUACAUUUUCAUGUAAUGUUGAUGGUGCUAGGUCAAAUGCCAUGAUGUCCUCAAUUUAGCUCUAAAGAUUAUUGCAAUUAUCUGCCACAUAAUGAUGUUGAAAUCCAAUAGCCUUGGUAUUAUUUAACUAGCCUUGAGAAGCAGCUAGUUAAAACAAAAAUAAAGAAAAGAAGAUGGGUGGUAUUUUCUCAUGUGAGUGCUACUUCUUUUCACUUAAUUGAUAUCAAUGAAAGUAGAAAGGACUAGCCCCUAUCUCAUUCAUGAAUAAUGUAUUUUUUACAAAGCUGUAAAAUCUUACAGAAUUUCCAAAAUAAUUGUUCUAAAUUUGCUUGCUUAAUUUUGUGCAAAAUGAGUCCAUCAUUAAUUUGACAAUUCAUUACGCUGAUAUAGGUUACAUUAUUGAAUUUCAUGAUUUUUCAUAAAUUGAUUUGUGGUGCUAUGCCAGGCAGGCACAUUUCAGUGUUUGCCAAUUUGAUGAAUAUAACAAUGAGACAAAUGCUUGAUAUAUGUUGUGAUGUUUUGAAAACAAAAAUAUGUAUGCUUAUAGAGAGAGGAUUAUAUUUUUAUACAAUCAAUCAUGAAUUGUUUUUUGGCUUUUAUUUCGUCUUUAUGUGCUGCCGAAGGUUGGGAGUAUCUUUAUCCUAGUCUGCAGGCACAGACCCUAAUUGUAAUGAUUAAUUUGCAGGUCCUUGAGAGAAGCCUAUUCAUUGCAAGUAAAAAGUUGUAUAUUUAAGGCACUACAGUACAAAAAGACCAUUCAUCUAAGAUAGUUUACCGCUUUGAACACUAGAUAUUUAAUUAGAUGGACACAAAAAAGGGUUUGUGCCUGCAAAUUAUCUCAACCCUGCAUCUCAUGUUUGGAGACUGGUAAUCAGACUAUCCUAUUCUUCAUCCUUAAGGUAAGGAGAAAAUAUGGCUACACAUGUUAUGCCCUCAGAGCAUUCUCAUAACCAAAAAAGAAAAUUAAAAAGCUUUGAAUUGAACUGACAAACACAAGAUAUGAUUUCCACCCAUAUUUAAUGAAUAAAAAGGGGGUAAUUCUGAUUGGGACUUUGUAUAUCUUUUUGGUUUUUUUAACCUGCCCAGUUCAAUUAGAAAGAAGCAUAGUAAGAUAGUCAUAAUGUAAUACCAAAAGAUAAUUAACAAAAGUAAUAUGCAUACUGUUCACGGAAUUACACAUUCUAGUGUUAAGAGGGGAUGAAAAUAUCUUGUAUACAGCUUUGGGCGGUACAGAUAUGAAUAGAAGAAAAGAUUUAUGGUUUUCUUCAAAUAGUGAUACACCCAACACCAAAUCUGAGUAGAAAAUUACAUAAAUACAUUUUUUUUCUUGAAAAUUGUCGUCUUUUCAUUGUUUCUUUUCUUCUCCCUCAUUUCCUUCAUUUUUCCUCUCAAGCUUUAUUGUAUUAUCCUCACUUUAUUAUCUUUAAACCUGUUUUUCAAACUAUGCAACCUCACUUUUUGAUAGAAAAUUUUCCAUUUCAUAGAAGAAACCUAUUUGAAGGGGUUACAAAUUUCAUUUAUUUAGGCAAAUAUAUAUAUUAAACAAUAGAGUAAAGGGGCAGAAAAAAUGGCACAUGAAAGAAUGAUACGAACAUAUGCCCAGCCCCUUCAGAAAAAAACACCGUCACACAUUGAAAAGAGGGGGGGGGGGAAUGGAACAUAUGUCUAAACUCGUAUCAUAAGCAUGAAAACAGUUCAUUUUAAGUAACUGAUUGAAAUUACUGAACCAAUUUUAUAGUAACUGAGACUAGCAAACGCAUAUUACAGUCUACUAGAUGAAAGGGGGGUGGUAAUUGGGUAAUUACACCCUUUCACGACCGGGUUCGUCCCCCUUUUUUGGAGGGGGGCUAGAUUUUGGAUAUUGGUCAUUAAUGCUGUAAAUGCAAAUCAAAUAACAAUGAUGAUAAAGACCCCCGUAAUCCAACCCCUAUGCCACCGUAGAUUUAUUAUUCACUACCCUAAAACAAUUACAUAUCUCACCCCGCCCCAAUUUCUGGUCAUUCUGUCACUCUUCAAAUGCGCUUUUUGCGUGGGUCAAACCAUUUACAAUCUUUAUUUCGCACGCAAAUUAUUUAUGAAAUGCUGGAUUUUUGAGCCUCCCAAAUGUCUCUCCUUAAACAUUUAUUUUCUAAAAGUCUGAAAAUACAUGAAAAAAUAUCAAAUCGGGCUGGUGAUACAAUUCCUUUUGUUGAUGUUGAUGAUCAUGUUGAUUAGAAGAUCUUGCGAACAGCGAGAAAUGUUACAAAAUAAUUUUCUUUGUGUACCUAUGGAUACGCAACAUUCGAUUCAAAGUGAUUUUGAAACGUAGUGACGUGCGCUAAUAUUUUACAUCUUAGAGUUGGCUUAUAAAUGAACAAUUGCUAUGCAGAUUUCUAGAAUUUUUGAAUCCGCCAUUUUUAUUUGUUGAUCUUUGUAAAUGUCGAAUCAUAUUUGUUCUAUUUGUGAGCUUCAUGUAGCCUAAACGCCAGGCAUUUGGCAUGUGUUGUAAAAAUGUCACCGAUAUGUUACGAAUUAAAGAUAUUGCAUUAUUUGUA